AUGGAAAUCGCCGACCAGGUUGAAUACCUCUUGGCUUCACCACCGCCUGACAACCCCAACGAUCGGCUGAAGGAGGCUAUUCUUUCCCGCCCUGAAUGCACCGAGCAAUCCCGGCUCCGCCAACUUCUAUCCGAGGAAGAACUGGGCGAUCGGCGGCCAACCAAAUUACUGCACCGCAUGAAGCAGCUCCUCGGAGACUCGGCUGAUACUCAGCCCUCGAUCCUGCGGGAGCUCUUCCUCCAGCGGCUCCCACAGCAAGUCCGCUUGGUACUGGCCGGAUCUGACGAGGUCUCCCUCGAUAACCUUGCCCAGUUGACGGACCGCAUGAUCGACUACUCCGCCCCUUCUGCGCCACCUUUCACACGGACUGAGAACAUCGCGGCUGUUCCCCGUCUGAUCCUAUGCUCCGUGAUCUACAAGCGGAACUCAAAGAGCUUACGGACGCUGUUGCCGCUAUGCGCACUGACCUUUCUGGGCGCCCAUGUGCACUCUGCCGUGCUCCUGGGCGGGAAACUUGGGGGCCAGUCGAUAGCGGCGGCCUACGACUCUGGCACACCGGCAAGCCGUCUGUUCUUCAUCACCGACCGGGUCGCGGGCCAUCGGUUCUUGGUGGAUACGGGUGCCGAGGUCAGCCUUGUGCCUCCUACACGGGCUGACCGAAUCCACGGCAAGUCCUCCGCCACCCUCCUCACCCGCCUCAUCGAUGUCUACCUUUGGAAAUUGACAGACACCCUGACCACCCUUUCGCUGUCUGGUACGCCCGCGCUGCAGACUUCUACGGGCAUUCGUUCUGCGCUGCCUGCGUCCUGCUACGCCGCUAUUCUCGCUGAUUUUCCCGCUGUGACCAAGCCGUGCAACCUUGAGGUUACGCCCAAGCACUCAGUCAUGCACCACAUCCAGACCACCGGACCACCCGUGGUAUCACGCCCCCGUCGGCUCUUUGGUGAGCGCCUCCAGAUUGCUCGCCUGCCAGACCAGUAUCCCUUGCCGCACAUCCACGAUUUCACCAGUGGCCUUGCUGGUGCGACCACCUUCAGCAAGAUCGAUCUGGUCAAGGCCUACCACCAGAUCCCAGUAGCGCCCGAGGACAUUCCGAAGACGGCCAUUAUCUCACCGUUUGGCCUCUUCGAAUUCUUCCGAAUGCCGUUCGGUCUUCGGAAUGCUGCACAGACUUUCCAGCGCUUUAUCAACGAGGUCAUACGAGGUCUUCCAUUCGUGUUUGCGUAUCUGGACGAUCUGCUCAUUGCAAGCAAGUCUCCUGAGGAACACGAAGCACACCUGCGCCAGGUGUUCCAGGGCCUGGACGACAACGGCCUUGUCAUCAAUCCAGGCAAAUGCCUUUUCGGCGUUCCAUCGUUGGAAUUCCUCGGCCACAACGUGUCGGCGGAUGGCAUUUCACCGCUCCCGUCAAUGGUACAAGCCGUUUAA